AUGCCGUCGCAGGCAACUAGUGUGACGGACUCGUCCGUCGGUCCUGUUAGUAGCGAAAAUCGCCGUAGCGUGGGUAUCUCGGAGCUUCCUGUACCGGAACUGGACAACGACAUCUCCACAGAAGAUUACUCGAGCGACUAUCUAAGUUCGUGGACGGCGAGCGCCGUGGAACCGGAAAGUCGCAUAUUAGGUCCCCACGACGAGUUAGCGACGAGCCAUGCCGACACCGCCUCUAUCUAUUCUCCGAGUCAUUACCCGACCGUUUCUAGGGCCUAUCGGAUCGAAUUGCCGUUUGACGAUGAUACCCCCGAGGAAGAGACAUUAGAUUCGACACGGUCAAUCAACGAAUUGGAUCUCAACUAUGUCAUGGAAAAUGGACGGCGGUAUUGCGGGUCUUAUUAUAUGCCAAACGACGACGACGAACAAGUUCGACUGCAAUUAAUCAAUCAAGUUUACCUCAAGACAUUCGAAGGCGAAUUAACGAGUGUACCUUUGGAAGCACCAACACACAUAUUGGAUAUAGGGACGGGCGUUGGAGAAUGGGCAAUUGAGAUGGCUGAGCUGUAUCCCGACAGCGAAGUAACCGGAACCGAUAUCUCGAACAUAUUCGAACGCCGUGUUCCUCAAAAUGUCUACUGGGAAAUCGACGACGCUGAAUUAGAAUGGGAACGACCACCGAACCAAUACGAUUUAGUACAUUUACGAGAUAUGACGGGAUCCUUUUCUGAUUGGCAGUACAUCUAUCGAUCCGCAUUUAGUUGCAUCAAACCAGGUGGAUGGAUUGAAGUAUUAGAUUUCGACGAUCGGAUGGUCAAUUUCCAGGCACUAUUCGCUCCUGGAUCAAUAGCCUACAAGGUAGCACAAGACCUUGAUGAGGCUUGUGUCCUGCAUGGAAGGCCUCGUGGAGUUUCUCACCUUGAACCAAGGUUCUUAGUUAAUGCAGGUUAUGUCGAUGUUCAAUUGACAGAGCAUGCUAUUCCUCUGAGAACCGAAGACGGCUCGACUGGAAAGUUCUGGCUUCUCGCAAUGUUGAACGGAAUGGAGUCUACUUGUCUAAGGCUUCUAACAAGAUACAAGGGAUGGGAAGCCAGUGAGGUUCGAUUAGCUUGCGACAUAAUAGGCCAAGAGCUUAUGGGGGUGGCACUGAAUCCCAAGAGGGCGAGGGGCAUCGUCGUUAAAGCCAGAGUUCUAAAGGGAAGGAAGCCAAAUCCUAACAGCCGGUGGUCCAGAGGGAUAUCAUCCAUACCCAGCAAUACGAUGCAGCAAAAACUCAUGGAGAUGAUGGGAGAGACCGACACAGAGGAAGCUAAUCUGACAGAUGGGGAAAGUGGCUAUUGUUCAUUCCCAUCCGAUGGGCCGAUAAGUGCUACAAGCAGCAAAUUAUUCGGCUCUAGUGUAGGGCAAAAACAACCAACCGAGACGGAGACAGUAUCUGGUACCGAGUGA